CUGCGACAUUGGUGGCAGCAUCAGUUGAGUUGUGACGGUCUACGUGAUUUUUUCGUUCAUGCGAACUGUUUAUAGUUUUGGCAUUUUUUCAAGCACAAGAUCGCACCCGAUGAAGAGAAGGUAGCCACGGAGGAAAUGACUUACCACAAAAAACAAACCUCGAAGGUGCCAUGGUACUUGGCGCCAGCCUUUCUGAUCUUCUGGCUUGUGCUCAUAUUUACUAUUGUUAUACCAGUUUUCUUUUCACUACCCACUGGACUUACCAUUCAAAAUGAAAAUUCCAAUCCUGACAGAUUUAUAGCGGAACGUGCUGAACGUGCACUUAUUAAUUUCGAUAGAAUUGGACCGAAAGUGGUGGGAAGUCAUGCAAAUGAAAACCAUACAGUACAGUUUCUACUGGAUCAAUUGGUAGAUAUAAGAGGUGUUAUGCACACUGAUCUUUUCGAAAUGGAAAUAGAUGUGCAAGUCGUUUCGGGUGCAUAUUUACAUUGGACUAUGGUGAAUAUGUAUCAGGGUGUACAAAAUGUUGUUGUACGUUUCAGGACGAAAGCAAGCACAAGCGAAUCAUAUCUACUGAUUAAUAGUCAUUUCGAUUCGAAACCCGGCAGUCCAGGCAGCGGUGAUGAUGGCGCUAUGGUUGUCAUAAUGCUCGAGACAUUACGCGUACUCGCCACUACGCGUACACCCUUUAAGCAUCCCAUCAUAUUUCUAUUUAAUGGUGCUGAAGAGAAUCCUCUACAGGCUUCACACGGUUUUAUAACGCAACAUAAGUGGGCCAAUAAUUGCAAGGCUGUUAUUAAUUUGGAUUCAGCGGGUAGCGGCAAUCGUGAACUUCUCUUUCAAUCCGGACCAAAUAACCCAUGGUUAAUAGGCAUCUACCGUAAAAGUGUUAAGCGCUCAUACGCAUCAACAUUCGCUGAAGAAAUAUUCCAAGCAGGUAUUAUACCUUCGGACACGGAUUUUAGAAUCUUCCGCGAUUUUGGUAAAUUGCCAGGACUCGACUUAGCGCACUCAUAUAACGGUUAUGUGUAUCAUACGAAAUUUGAUAGCGUCAGCAUUAUACCACUUGGAACACUGCAGACAACAGGCGAUAACAUAUUGGCCAUGGCGCGUACUUUCACCAAUAGCACAGAGUUAAAAGAUCCAUCUCGCCACGCCAAUGGUCGCACAGUUUUCUACGACUUGUUCGGUUAUUUCGUCGUGCAGUAUACCGAAGCGACUGGGAGAACUCUCAAUACCUACGUCGCUGUGGGCGCUGUACUGCUCAUAGGCAUCUCUAUAUACCUGAUGGCAGCUGAUUCUUUCGUUUCCAUCGGCUAUACUUUGCGUUUAUUCUUACUUAUAUUCGUAAUACAUUUGAUUGGUUGGAUUUUGGCUUUCGCAUUGCCGCUACUUAUGGCAACGAUAUUCGAUAGUGGCGAUCGUUCGUUAACAUAUUUUACCACCAAAUGGCUUAUUUUUGGUCUAUACAUCUGUCCUACGCUCUUGGGCUUGAGUGCGCCUACACUGCUAUACUUAAACAUAAGUCGUAAUGAUAAAGUAUCAAAACCGUAUCGUCUGCAAAUAGUCAAUCAUGCACACACAUUGAUCUUGUCUAUACUUUGCAUUCUUUUAACUUAUAUGGGCAUACGCAGUUCGUAUUUCUUAAUGAUUCCACUACUUUUCCACGCCAUAUCCUUGGUGAUUAACAUGGUGACAACACUACACAGACGAGCCUAUUACUGGUCAAUCUUCGUCAUGCUAUGCCAAAUUAUACCCUUCCUUUACUUCACCUAUCUGUUUCAUGCACUAUUGUGCUCUAUGAUGCCAAUAAUGGGUCGAUUCGGUAGCGCAAGUAAUCCAGAUUUAUAUAUUGCACUCGUUACUACUAUGGGUACCAUGCUGUCUAUGGGCUAUUUGAUUCCACUACUCAAUAUUUUCAAUCGUCCAAAGUUAGUGUUCCUUAUUCUGCCGGCGGUUACGCUAGUCAUCGCAUUGCUUGCAAUGACGCAGAUCGGAUUUCCCUAUCGACCAGAAACUAAUGUGCAGCGAGUCAAUUUACAAGAAGUGCGACGUGUAUUCUAUGAAUUCGAUGGCACGGUUAGUCGCAAUGAGUCGGGUUAUCUUUUUGAUUUCCAGGACAGACGGAAACAACUUGCUCUAGCACCAUAUGUUGAUCUGGAAGAUCUGUAUAACAUUAGCGACGAUUGUGAUAAAUAUAUGAUGUGUGGCAUGCCCAUAUUCAACCAUCGCACCGCGAGAUCGCGUCGACAAGCCGCUUGGCUACAACGUGAAGUCCCCCUUCAAUUGCCUGAAGUUCCCCGACUGUCACUUCUUAGUAAAAAUGUCAAUACCACUACAGAGAGUGUACGUUUAGAAUUCGAACUUGAAGGACCUCCACAUAUGAGCAUUUUUGUACAACCACUUGAAAAGGUGACUGUGAGUGAUUGGUCCUUCUUGCCCGAAAUGCUGCUACGCGAGCCACCUUUCCACGUUUACUUCUCAUAUGGCAAAAUUAGUACACCACUCCAAUUUUACAUUGAUUUGAAGAAGGAGAAUAGUGAAUUUGACGAAGAGCUAAUGCAGUUAGGCAUUUCCGGACAUUAUGUUAGCUUUGAGUACGAACGUGAUGCAGAAACAAAGAAGUUCCUUGCAACAUUCCCACCUUAUUCAUAUGUUAUGGAAUGGCCGAGUUCUUAUGAACGUUAUAUAUUUUAAAUAAAGUGUUACAAUAUUUUUAUUGGUUUACACAUUGACGAUAUUAAUAAUAAAGAUUU